AUGGAGAUCGAUAAGAAAGCAACAGUGGACGAUAUCAUCAACAAGAAAGAUGUGCAAAUUGGCACAAUAACCGACCUCGAUGAAGGGGAGGUCUUCCUCCGUCAACAUGGAUUCAAUCACGACGCCAUCCAAGCACUCCUGGAUGACGAGACACGCAACAAGGCAUUGGUCCGCAAAGUAGAUCUGGUGUUGUUGCCUUUACUUGCUGGGACAUAUAUGCUCCAGUAUAUUGACAAAUCAGCACUCGCCUACUCUGCCGUGUUCGACCUUCUCUCUUCCACACAUAUGUCAAGCGACCAAUACAGCUGGCUUGCCAGUAUUUUUUAUUUUGCAUAUCUUGUAGCUGAAUACCCAUGGAGCAUGCUCGCACAGAAAACCAAGCUUGCCAAAGUCGUUUCUGGGAACAUUAUUGCCUGGGGAGCGAUGCUCAUGAUUACUGCCGCCUCCUCCUCCUUCACCGGAAUGGCUAUUUGCCGCUUUCUUCUGGGGGUAUUCGAAGCCCCAGUUACCCCUUGCUUUAUGAUGAUGAUCGGAAUGUGGUACACACGUGCUCAGCAACCUUUCCGUGCCGGUGUCUUCUAUAGCUGCAACGGACUAGGAGCUAUGGUGGGAGGCAUUCUCACGUACGGAAUUGGACAAAUCGAUACCAUCGCCGUAUGGAGGGCUAUCUAUCUCAUCCUGGGUGGCAUUACCCUUGUCUGGGGCAUUGUGAUGCUUCUGUUCCUCCCAGAUGACGUUGUCUCAUCCAAGCGUUUCACUCUGGACGAAAAGGCACUCCUCAUUGGCCGUGGUCGACUUGGUCAGACUGGUAUCAUCAACCACCAAAUCAAGUGGUAUCAGAUUCGCGAAGCUUUGAUAGAUCCACAGGUCUGGAUCUUGUUCUUGUUCACACUUCUAAACGAGGUUGUAAAUGGUGGGAUCGCAGGGUUCGGCAAGCUGAUUAUAAAGGGAUUGACCGAUAAUUCAGCCACUGCUGUCGCUUUGGGUAUUCCUUUUGGCGGAUUCCAGAUCUUUUAUGUCCUCGGGGGAACAUAUCUUGCAUCUCGAAUCAAGAAUUUCCGAACUGUCGUCAUGUUCGUUUACUUGAUACCGACUAUCAUCGGCGCUUGCCUCCUAUGGAAGUUGGACCAUAAGACGUACAAGGUUGGCGUUUUAUUUGGUUAUUAUAUUAUUGGUGCAUAUGUCUGCUCUUUGGUACUGGCUUUGCAGAUGCCGGCAACGAAUCUUGGUGGCUAUACAAAGCGUACAACCAGUGUUGCCUUGGUGUUUUUGGCGUACUGUGCCGGCAAUAUCAUUGGACCCCACGCGUUUCUGGCAGAGGAAGCGCCCAUAUAUCAGACUGGAGUCAAGCUUAUCCUGGCAUCUCGCCGAAAUAAGCAGCGAGACGCCGCAGUUACUACUGUUGGCCAGGUCAGGUCAUCUGAUGAUGAGAGUGCUGGGGCAGAUCUAACUGACUUUGAGAACCCAAACUUUCGAUACGUUCUUUGA